CUUCAGCCAUAGUUGGAGUGCCAUGACAUUACAUAAAGGUUUUGGUCCCUACAUGAUGUCAGAAACCAUGCAGGUGGGGGUGGGAGACAUAUAGCUGAACUUUUAGGUGGAACGAAGGAAAACUACAAAAACUUGCAGCCAAAGUCUGCGGUGCAUCCUGGGAAACCCACUAACAUGGGUACGUGAAACCAUGCAGGGCUUCCACGGCUCUACAUGACGGGAGAUGAACAAAAAUUAGCUAAAUCGCUCAGUGGGGGGAAAAGGUAGGCUUUUGUCCAGGAUAUAGCAGCUCCACGGCGGGUUUUUGCCGAACUGCUCCGAAGGGACUGCCUACCCUGGUCGGUCGGACGGUCGGUCGGUCGGUGGGUAGGACCCCGGGCUGCUACGAUGUGUGUCCGCUGCUCCACGAAGCUCCGUCGGGGAAGUGAAUCUUUCACCGGAUGAUGGACAGGAACUACCCGACCUCCAGCUUUGCGGACGCGCUGGCUCCACCAGCACAGACCGUAGCUUCUUGGGCCUAUGACCGCAGCACAGCUAGUAUCAAGCCAAGUCCCAGUUAUGGUGCAACACACCUUGAUGCAGAGCUCCUCCAGCGGCAAAGCUACACUUCCACCCACCAGCUUCCCAACUACACUACGUCACACCUUCCUGCUGCAGCAGGAACCCUUGACUCAAACAGUAAUAGUUCUGAGACCUCAAUCAUGAGCUUCCUGUCAGCCAUGGAGUCUAGGAGCCUUCAGGCUGGUCCUGUUAGUGCCUCACUGCUUCCUCCUUUUAGACCCCCAUCAUGGCCUGCUGGUACAAACUCCUCAACCACAGAGUUGUACUUGACUGGUGCCCUGCCUUCUACUGCCACUUUCCCCUCUCCUGCUGCCCUGUCGUCCUAUCAGCACACUGGUGCCUACCCUUCCAGGAGUUACGCUACCAACCCCUCCCUGGCUCUCCAGGAUCCUGCCUUCAGCACUUCCACCAAUGGCCUGUUUUCUCACCAUGACCCCCUCCUACAUCUUAAACCAAGCCAGACCGUGCUUCCCACUGCCCUGGCCUUCAAUCAUCUCUCUGCCCCUGCUCUUGGCUCCGCUUUGCCUGUGCAGUCCUCCACUUACCGCUCAGCUCAGGAGUCAGCCCCCCAUCUCCUACAACCCCAGUUCAGCCUGCUUCCCUCUGCCCUACCUACCCCUCACGGUGCCCCACAAUCCUACGGAGCCACAGUUUUUUCAGGUUCCAUUGAAAGAGCUCUUCAGCGUGAAUGUAGUGUGAUCAAACACCACCAGAGGCCUUCUAGCAGCCACACGGCCUCAGAGCAGUUGCCCAAUUCAGAGCACUCCUUACCAGGGUACUUUGGCUCUGGCAGUGAAGCGGAUGUGUCCUACCAGCAGGACCCCUCCCGCCAGACCCCAGUGUCCUGCAGCCCCUCCACAGUAGUAGAUUCCUCUCAAGGGGUGAAUGGUACUCCACAACCCAAAACAGACUCCGUAACUCAAGCAUAUUCGUCCACUUCGGUGCCGAAGGCUAAAGACUGCUCUGCCAAGCUAGCCCCACACCCUGCUGGGGGUGAAGAGAGUCACAGCCACACUCAAAGCCUGACAGGAGGGUCUCCUGAGCGGUAUUCCUCCCCAGGACAGAACCAGAACUCAGUCAUUGCUAAUCAGCAGUCAGUCCAGCUGCCUAGCCUAAUGUCCAGCAGUCUGUCUCAAACUUAUAUCACCCCCCACACACAGUCACAGCCCUCCAGUUCCACCUCAGACAAAAUAUCAUCCCUUUACAAGACUCUGCCUUCCCUCUCUAGCCAGUCUGGCAAUGCGGCAACUGUUAGCCAGGCUCUUGUUUACUCCUCCAGUCCUGGCCUGAGCCAGGAGCAGGAGGUCCAGUAUGGAGCCCAGGUACAGGGCUUGUGUCAGGGGAAUCUCUCUGAAAGCUACGCGACAUCCCACUCUCAGGUUGCCCCGAAUGUGACUUAUACAUCUCAGUCACAGGGGCAAGCUUCAGCAACUCAGUCUCAGAGCUACGCCACAGGACAAUCCCUUAGCCAAUCCCUUAACUCCUCUUACACACCCACAUGUGUGCAGAGUCUGUCUGCAUCCAGUUCUACGCAGGACUACGCCCUCAUGCAAGCCUCAGUGGGGGGUAAAACACACGACACUCUGCCCCAGCCCCAUAAAUAUAUUUUGUCUGCACCGUUGCCUACCUACUCUUCAACUGCUCAAGCCUUACAAAAUAAUAUCAGAUCCUCAAUACAGGACAUAAAGCCAGCAUAUGGCAAACAGAAACUUGAAGAGCUUCCUAUACAGGACUUAGAGGCUCUCCAGCAGGCAUCUAUGGAGGGCUCUGCAGCAGAUAACAACAUGGCUGCUCACAAUGUCAUCUAUGUUGUUUCAAAAAUGGAUGAUCAUCAUAAAGCGCAAAGUGUUAUCCGAAGCAAUUCACGUUCCGAUGACCAGCUCAUGGGGUUGGGUCAUAUACACACAGGACAGGUAAAGGAUGAAAGACUGGGUUCUCUGAGCCAACAGCACAUUCACCUAAGCGGUGCCAAUGGUCAGGACACUUCCAACAUAAAAACUACAAACUCCAGUAUUGUAUCUUCGCAUGUGCCCCUGAGCUCAGAGCAGCUCAAGCAGCACCCUCUCCAACUCAAAUCUCCUGAGCCACAUCAACAAAACCACCAGAAUCAUAAUCAGUCCCAGAGCCAGACUCAGGCAGCCCACGCCCAAUUUAUCACCGUCCCCAGCACUCAGGUUCUCCUCGAGCCCAACCAGAUGAUUCUGCUCCCGCAGCCCAUAGUCCACCACGGUCAAAACCCUUCAAAAGUGGUAUCAUUGCAAAGUAUCCAACCACCCCAAGGUUUGGGCCCCGUUCACGUCCAGUAUCUUCAGAUGGAUCGAGAACUGCUGGGUCCCACUGUCACUGAAACCCACAGCCAGCAGGGCACAGUAGUGUCUGAACAGAGCUCAGGAUGCCCUGAUUCCUCCAAGCACCACUACAGCCAGUCGGCGAAUCAGCAGUCAAAUGAUGCCAAGAACCACUUUGCUCUCAACUCCAUUUGCUUCCCCGACUCGAUGCUACUUGCGGACGACAGAAAUAUUUUGUCAAACGUCGACGACAUCCUGGCUGCCACAGUCGCAGCCUGUGGCGUCACACCACAGGACUUUGUCAAAGCCGCAUCCUCUGCUGAGGCUGAAAUGGCAGUGAUGGCGAGCUCCGCUGAUACUAAAGGGCACUUCCAGACUGUGGAUAUAAGGCACAUGUCACCUAGUUUCUCCUCAGCACAACAGCCAAUCAUCACCAACACUAACUCCCACUCCUUGACCAUGACACUAAAUGGAGCUCAGAUGGCCACAGACUCUCAGGGUCAGUCCGUUCACCAUAACAGCAGUUCUGAGCUUAACACAAAUGGUGAUGGAGGGAGCUCUGAGAAUGAUUAUCACUUAGCUGGGCAGGUGUACGACCCCUCAGGUCUACAGAGCAGAAUCAAAGGGAAUGGCAAGUGUAUUAAAACAGAAGAUGGCCUCAUGGAGUGCACGGGAGGUGAAGACUUACCCAAAAAGAAGGCUCGCUCCAAGUCCUUGACCAGACCAGGUGCUCCUGAAGAAGACAGUGGACAGGCCAGAGCGGCCAAGCGCAGCGGACAGACAAAAAGGCAAAACUCAAGGGGUAGUGACGUCAGCUCGCCAUCUGCCUCACACAGUGUAUAUGAUGGUUGUCCACAGCAGGAGAGGAUCAGGCAGAAGAUCCGUGAGGUGGAAGAGAAACAACCAGAGGUCAAAACUGGCUUCAUCGGCUCCUUCCUAGACUUCAUCAAAUCUGGCCCCAAACAGCAGUACUCGCCAAGUCCCACGCGAACUAUUAGUCGACCCAGAAAGCCUUGCACCUCGUCCAAACCGCCACUUUGUACUUUGCCUGCUCUGCCUCCCAAACUGCCAACUCUGUCUGGGCCCUUGAUUUCACAGGAGAGCCAAGUAGCGAGCUCCCAGCAGAAACGUUUGGAUGAAGACCUGCAAAAAAACUUAGAAACGCUGCCGUCGUUCAGCUCAGAUGAAGAGGAGAACACAGGGAAGAACCAGGCCCUGAGGAACAGCAUCAGCUCAGCACUCUCAGCCCUGGAUGAGUCUUCAGAUCGGAAACCCAGGACAGAUAACCCAAUGCCUGGUUCAAUGAUGAAGCCAGACCAAGUUCCCACCAUGCCACACGCUGUCACUGAGACCUGUUUGCCGCACAUCAUCACUCCUCCACAGACAACAAACGCUGUCACAGCAAGCACUGCGUUCGCCGCCAAAGAUGACCCCAAAGAGAUCCAACCAGGCCAGUUGGCUGUGCAGUUGAUGAGCGUGGCCAUUGAGGGACUGACUGACGAGGAACUGUCAGACAGCGGAGGGGAGGGAAUGUACCGGGAGAGAGACGAGUUUGUCGUCCGGAAUGAGGAUAUCGAAAACUUGAAGGUGACAAUGAGAGCAGGGAAUGAGCCUCCAGCCAUCUGGAAAGUCCAGAAGGCUCUGCUGCAGAAAUUUGUGCCUGAGCUGAGAGAUGGAAAGAGAGUCUUCUCAGCCACAAACAGUUAUCUUGGAUACUUUGGAGAUGCCAAGACCAUGUACCAGAGGGUAUAUGUGAAGUUCUUGGACACAGUUAACAAAAGGGAGUAUGUACGAGUUUGUAGUCGGAAGCCACGCUGCAAGCCUAUGAACUCGCUAAGGGGUGUUCAGGUAAAAACUUUGCUGGGCUUGACAGCCAACCCUUCCUCAGUCUCCCAGACCCAAAAACCCAGACCCAAACAACUUAAGCCAAGGGCAGAGCCCCCGCCUAAGAAGAGGAGGAAAUGGAAGGAGGAGUUUUCACCUACUGCCUCAGGAUCAUCUGCGGAGGAAGGUGGUGAAGAUGACGAGAUAAAUCCUCCAAUGGCGUUUGCUUCACGGUUCCUCAACACACGAACCAUGAAGGAGACAUUCAAGAGUUUUGUGGAACUGCUCAUCAGCAUUGCCUUAGACGAAGAUGUGAUGACAGCACUUGAGAGGGCAAAUGAUGAGCUGCUGCUGCCACAUAUGAAAAGAGUGGAUGGGAUGAUCACUGACAACAGGAAACGCCUGCUUCACAAACUGCACAUAGGGCAAGUGCUAAAGACGGCUCUAGACAGCUUCCCAGAGAUCUCAGUGGUCACUGAACUGAAGAAGGAUGGGGAGACCCCAGCUUUCAAGGUGCGUCUCAGUGGAAAGGCGUACAACAAGAAGACCAUGAAGCCCUACAAGAUGCCCAACAAAGUGCCACAAGAGUAUACAGUGGACCAGCAGAAAACUCAGUGGUUCUCUCUGUACCACUCUUUGCAGCAUUACAAGUACCACACGUACCUCAUGUGUAAGGAUGAGAUCGCAUCUCUGCGGGUGCAGGCAGGGGACCUGGGGCAGGAGGAGACUGUACAGAAAUGUCUGCAGAACGGAGCUUGGGUAGAGGGGCUGUUUGAUCGCUUUGGAGAGCUAAUCAAUCAAGUGCAGCAGGCCUGCCGAUGAUCCAUCCCUGACAGGACUGGUUUUUAAAAAAGAAGAAGAAGAAGAGAGAAAAAACUAAGUCUAGUACUUAAAUAAGAGGAUGCCUCUGGCUGAAAAUGGCAUCAGAGAGGGAGAAGGAUGGAGAGAGUCUCUCCUUCCAGCCACACAGAGAUUUGAAUCAGGGACCUGUCAGCUGACUCACCUGAAAGACGUUCAGGGGUCCGUGGCAUAAAAGUGGCUAGAGGUGAAGAGUGGGACAGCAGUUAAGUGUAAGGUUUGCAUCACUGCAGCCCAGCAGAAGGCAGUAACUUGAUCAACAGAGGACAAGGACUUGUCUUUGGGAGCAUUUUGGAAGAUCUUCACAUAGUGCUUCUUGUAGUCUUUGUAGGUUUUUGUAGUUACAUGCCCACUUUUUAUGGGCCUUUUCAUAGAUUUCUAUUGUUUUUUUUGUUUUGUUUUAUUUUAUAAUCUUUUUUUUUUUUAGUUAAAUGCCAGAUCAUAACCAGCGAGUAUGCACUAGAUAGAAAGCAAUUGGCAUAGGAAAUAGAGCACAGCAAAUAAAAAUGCAGAAAUUUGAUCGCCUACAGUUAUAACAAGCCUUCAUCAAUCAUUUGAUAAGUAGGCUCACAUACAGAGUUGAUAUAUUGUAAAAAAAAAAAAUCUCUAUAUAUUAUAUAUAACCGUAGUUAUAUACUGUUUGUAAAACAUCCAUUUUGUAAUGGAGUGCCAACUUAUAUAUAAUGUACAUUUUGUAUAAAACAACAUGGAGGUGGGAACUGCAGCAAUUCUCUUAAGGAGAAAUUUAGUAACUGUAUCUAUAUUGUGGUUUAACUUUUGUGCUUCAAACACCCUGUUUGCUUACAAGAUGCGAGUAAGAAAAAUGCAGUUCCAGUACUGCUUUUUAUGAAUUUUGUUAAUCAAAUAUUAUUACCUUGAAUUAUCUGAGGGUAAAAUGAAAUAAAUAAAAGUUGUCUUUAUACUCCUUUACAGACAUAGCCCACAUUUUAUGACAAAUAGAUAUAUAUUUUUCACAGAAGUAAAUAUUGUUAUGUUUUCUUGUUCAUUACAGUUUCUAAGACACUUUUUCAUCAUUUUUUUUUCCCACAGUUUUCAAAAAAAUUGACACUUUAUAAGUCAUUUACCAAUUUUAUGCUCUCAAAGUAAUCUUUUUCUUUAAAGAUGCAGUUUGUAAAUAAAGUGCCGCAUGUAUUAGGUA